AUGUCGAUUCGCACCUCGCCUCUCACCCAGCCCUCCUCGUCCUUUGGGCAGCAGACGCCCGCUCUUACCCACACCGGCAAGCGCCUCUAUGACGACGACGGGUUUCCCUGCUCUUCUUCUCCCCUCAACGAGCUCAUCGCUACACCAACCGAUGGUCAUCGAUUUGGACGCGGCCGCACCUCCAAGGCGGGCAUUACACGGCGCAGCGUGCGCAUCCAUCCGACAUCCUCCCCUCCCCCCAGGCUCGACACGCGUUUCGCCUCGAUCGCGUACGAUGACGACUCCGAUUUUGCGGCCCCUUCGAACCCUCCGUCUCGUCCCCGUAACCAGCGUACGGCGUCGCACCAGGGCUUGAGCAAAGAUGUCGAGAUGGCGCCCACGAGGGCAGAGGUCGCGAGAACCGCUACUUCUGCGCGGUCAAAAUCAGCCAAUGGCGUGCCGUCGCCUGCUAAGUCUACCACCCUCGCGCUUGCUCAAGCACAUGGCAUCACCGCGGACCAGUUCGAAGAGGCCAAGCAGCAGGUCAUGCGCUUCUUACAGAAUGACGGGAGCCACCAUUCUCCCUCAUCGUUGGAACAGGCUUCGGCACAACUUGCAGCAGCAUCGUCGGCGAUGGGCAUCGACUACCUCAUGACGACCCCUGUGCAUUCGCAAGUGCCGCCAUUGCAGGCUCGCGCCUCUCGCUCCCACGCCACGCUCAGCAUGACCGCUUCAGGCUCGAAGCGAUCCAGGAAUGCUUUCGAGUCGAUCGGCGAGACCCACGAGGCUGACAGGAACGACGAGGACCUCGAGGACCUCGAGGGAGAGCGCGGGGUCUCGAACCAUGAGCUCAAGACGCACCCGAGCUUCGAGGACAUCGUGCAGCGUAGUCAACGUCGGGAAGAAGAUACCCGCGAGUCACAGGUGCGCAAGUGGGCGCAGGAAGAUUCGUCGAGUGAAGAAGACGAGCCUUUCCCCGAGUCACGUCAAGCAACGUCGACUUUGGUUUCGGCUUCGGUUUCGACUUCCCGACUUCCGUCAGGGGCGUCGCUGCUCCCGUCCCCUUCUUUCAUCGGAGGCAACGCACAACAUGCCACCUCACCACUUGGCGCCGCUUCUCUUCCGCGUCGCGGGAUGAUGGAGCGCUUCAUGUCGGAUCGCACGCCGGCCGUGCUUCCCGAAGAGCCAAGUUCUGCAAUAGGGAGUGACAAGGCACCGUCUAGCGCUCCGCGACGUCGAGUGGUUUCGUCCCCGGCUACUUCCCCGGCCGCCUCUCGACCUCGACCGAUCGAUUCGACCAUGUCACCUCCUCGUCGCUUGCCCAAUAUCUCGCCGGAUCGCUUGAUGACCUCUCCUGCGCCUUCUCGAGGCCGUGCGCCGAGCUUGCUCUUCUCGCCGGACAUUGCCAAACUGCUCAGGAGCGAACUCGAUGAGCUCGAAGCGAUGGAGAAGAAGCCGACACCUCGCAAGCAACGCGCUGCUGCUGCCCGAGCGGCCGACAUGGUGAGUGGAAUUAUCUUGACAUUUGUUCCACUGGGCCUCCCUUCUCGUUGUGACUGACUCGCGACUUCAUUCGCGCGUGCAUCGCCAGAUGACUGUCGCGGACCUGUCGAGCCCCUUCUCCGACGCGUCGACUCCGUUGUCCUCCUCGGCAGGCAAUUCAUCUGGCGCUGUCAACGUCGCCAAUGCGCCUUGGCCACAGCACGGCGCCGAGCAAGCCUUUUCACCGUCGCCAUCGCUUGCAUCACUACGAGCACCGUCGUUCUGCGACUCGUCUCCUCCGGUCUCUGACGGAGCAUCGGCAGCUGGAGGUUCAAGCUUCGCAGUGUCUUACCAACUCCAGCCUCACCCGACCUCAGCACCUGACCAUCUCUUCCGGGGCUUGCCCUCGUCCUCACCGGUAUCCUCGCAAGCGUCGCAGCUAUCCGAGUACCAACCCGCUCAGCCUCGUGGCCAUCGCUCCAGCCCGGGACCGACAAUGCUUUCGAAACAGGGUGGUGCUUCCAGUGGGGCCUCACAUGCUCUGGUGUCCGCCAACUUGAAUCUUGGAGCUCGCAGCCGCAAUACUCCAAUCCAUCGUGCCGACACCAUGCCCGCGAUCAUGUCGGCCGAUGGACACGCCAAGCCCCAUUGGUCCUACGCCGCCUUGAUAGGUCAAGCCAUUUUCUCCACCGAGGAUCGCAAGAUCUCCCUCGCCGACAUCUAUGCGUACAUCAUGGCUUGCUACCCGUACUACAAGAAGGAGGAUGCUGGCUGGCAGAACUCCAUCCGACAUAAUCUCAGUCUCAACGAGUGCUUCGUCAAGACGGCCCGCGAGCCCGACAACCCUGGCAAAGGCUGUCUUUGGGCCAUCGUGCCCGGUUGCGCGGAUCAAUUUGCCGAUGGUGGUUUCACAAAGAAGGGAGGGUCGACGAGCAAUCGCCGCCCACGAAGUGCAAAAGCGAUCGCGGCCGCCCUGGCAGAGUCAGGAGAUGUUUCUACGGAUCUAGCUUCGUCACCGCCCAAUGCUACCACGACCCACAGCACUUCGGCGCCCAAAAAAAGAACGCGAGUCGAAUCCCCAGGCCCUAUGGCCCCGCGCCGUCCUUCGACGGUUGCUAUCGCCCCGGCGUCGAGUGCUCGCCCCCAAGCCAUCCGAUCGUUGUCGGCGAUGGAGCCUGACCGUGCUCUGUCCCCGCCUGUGAACCUUGCGCCACCUCGACCCUCGAUUGCCAUGAGUCGUUCCCAGUCCGCCAUCGGCAUCGGUAGCGCUGAACCACGAUCGAGGUCGCUCUUGGUCCGACGUAGCUCCAUUGACGCGAAGGUUCUCGCCACGGCAGUGCCUUGCGCAGAAUUAUCCAAGGACAAGCCACACAACGCGAAUCUUGAAGCGCCUUAUGCACCUAGACCGACCAUGACCCGAGCGAGCCCACCUCCCGCCCUGCAGCAGCAACGCCGUCAAAGUCUCGUUGCCUCGUUGACGGCCUCGCCACCGACCUCGGUAUACCACCGCCUCGCUGGGCCUUACCAGCCCAUCUCGUACACGCAGUCGAUGACCGACCACCGUGCCUUGGCUUUGCUUGCCUCGCCCGAAGCGACGGGGAUCAUGCCUUCUCACUCGACUCGCGACCGAGUCCGUCCGAGCGGCCAUGCUCUCUCGUCGCUCCUAGCCAACCCUGAGCAAGACGUCGCCCCGUUCUUGUCCGGCCCCCACGUGUUCUCGAGCCACGCUGCGACCGUUCGAGCUCGCUCUCGAUCCAACAGCUCUGACAAGGAAGAGCGCGAGCCGGCUGCAAUUAUGUCUCCCGCUGCGAUCGUCCACACCCAUAGCCCCGUCUCUUCGAUCCGAGGCGGAGGAGUCGUGCGCGCCCCAACGUCGCCGGUCCAAACCUCAGAGGACAAGUUCGCGUUUUCUGCCGACCCCGAGAAGAAGCGCUUGCCGGGCAUGCGACACAUCCCCGCUGUCGCUGCUCUUGCCGAUGGUGCCGCCUCGCACGCUUUCCGAUCGCCUCCGCCGUAUUCGGCUCGCCAUGUUCGUUCGCCCUCGGGCCGCGCCCAUUCCUCGGCAGGUGGAGCGUUCCAGUCGGCGCUCUUGUCGACCCCUCUUGGAGUCCGAAGUCGUGCCUCUUGGGGCAUGAGCCCUGGAACUGGUGGCGGUGCUGGCGCUGGAUGGGGCUUCGACGACUCUCUCGAGGCCGAAUUGGAGCGCUUCGGUGGCGUCGCCGACAACGUGCAAACCUCGGGCGGGUCCUCGAUCAUGCCUCGCCUCUAUUGGCCCAGCCCGAGUCAUCCCUCUUCGACCGCGACUUCCCACGUUGCUUGGUGA